UGUAGAUUUAAAAUAAGAUAAGAUGGGAAAAAUUGGGAAACUCAUAAACAUUUUUAAAAAGAGGGAAGAAAGUACUGUUCAACGCCCACCCAUCGGAUUGCCAAUAACUAUGGGCCGUGACUAAGUCCUGGUGAUGCUCUGUUUAUUGAAAGAAGUAAGAUCGAAGGGAAAUCGAUUGAUUGAUCAAUCUGAAUAAUGUUUUCUCGUAAGCAAUCGUCCGCUUUAUUUAACUCACAGUCAUGGCGACGACUGGGAUAUGCAUUUAAUACACUGAGCAGGUCGUUACUGGUGGAGAACACUAGACUGGCUGGUCAAGUUGUGAAAGAAUCAGUCAUCUAUGUUGAAACCUUUGUUACAAAACACUCUUCAUUGCAAAAUACUUCUCAGGAAAUUGGUUUGCUGAAUUUUGCUCGGUGCAAUCAUACCCUUCCUGCUAUUAGCUCGAUCUACACAAGAAAUUUAUGCCACAGCAGCGGGCUUUACAAAAGCUCCAUAGAAAAUAUAUUUUUUCUAAAACAAAGACCCAUUCUUCGCAGAUUCUUCUCGAGCAAGUCUUCAGGGAAAAGAAGCUAUGAAAAUUUUCAUCCAAAAGGAAAGAAGGAGAUUCCAAAGGCACGAGAGGAGCAAAAAGUAGAGUCAAGAACUGAAAACUCAAAACAUGAAGAACCUAAAACGUUUUUUCAAUAUAAAGCACCUGCGAAUCAACUUCAGAAUUAUUUGUAUUUAAUAGUGGGCAUUGCUGCAGUUUCUGCGUAUAUGAAUUUCAAUGGUCGUGAUCAGCAAGAGAUUAGCUUUCAAGAGUUUAAGAAUAAGCUGUUGGAACCUGGUUUGGUAGAUCGCAUUGAAGUUUCUCACAGAUCUGUGGCAAAGAUAUAUGUUAAGAAUUCACCUCAUCCUAUUUCUCAAGAAGACAACACUAGUGAAAUUCGUCCUGAUGUCAGCAGAGGCAACAUUAGUCAUUACAAAUAUUAUUUUGAAAUUGGAAGUGUUGAGUCAUUUGAGCGCAAGUUGACAGAAGCUCAGGAAGAUUUAGGAGUUGAUCCACAUAAUUAUGUUCCAGUAAUAUAUGUUUCAGAACUCUCCUGGCUGCAGGAAAUCCUGUCAUUAGUUCCCACAGCUCUUGUGAUUGGGACACUUGUUUAUUUAAAUCGCAGAAGUGGAUUUGGUGUAGGUGGAGGUGGAGGUUCACGUAGCAUAUUCAGUGUUGGGAAAGCUCAUGUGACGAAACUAGAUAAGAAUUCAAAGGACAAGACACUGUUCAAAGACGUUGCUGGAUGUGAUGAAGCUAAGCAAGAGAUAAUGGAAUUUGUUCACUUCCUGAAGAAUCCGAAGAAAUACCAAGAUGUAGGUGCGAAGAUUCCUAAAGGGGCACUCUUAGUGGGCCCUCCUGGUACGGGUAAAACACUUCUUGCAAAAGCUGUGGCCGGGGAAUCUGCAGUUCCUUUUCUUUCCAUAUGUGGCUCCGACUUCAUGGAAAUGUUUGUUGGUGUUGGACCUUCUAGGGUAAGAGAUUUAUUCUCUCAAGCAAGACAGUCUGCACCAAGCAUUAUCUUCAUUGAUGAAAUUGAUGCUAUAGGCCGUGCAAGAGGUCGUAGUGGGCUUGGAUCAAAUGAUGAAAGAGAGAGCACACUUAAUCAGUUACUUGUAGAGAUGGAUGGAUUUGGAACAACUGCAGGGGUAGUAGUCCUUGCAGGUACCAACCGGCCUGAUAUACUUGAUAAAGCAUUGCUUAGACCUGGCAGAUUUGAUCGUCAAAUUUCAAUUGAAAAACCUGAUAUAAAGGGCAGGGCACAGAUAUUUUCAUUAUACUUAAAAAAGCUAAAGAUUGAUCAAGAACCCAUCUUCUAUUCUGAGCGUUUGGCUGCUUUAACUCCGGGAUUUGCUGGAGCUGAUAUUGCAAAUAUUUGUAAUGAAGCGGCUCUUAUUGCUGCAAGGCAUGAUGAGAAACAAAUAUCUAUGGAACACUUUGAAGCUGCUAUUGAUCGAGUUAUUGGUGGAUUGGAGAAAAAAAAUAAGGUUAUCAGCAAGGAAGAAAGAAGAACUGUUGCCUACCAUGAGGCUGGACAUGCUGUUGCUGGAUGGUUCCUUGAGCAUGCAGAACCCCUUCUGAAGGUUUCUAUUGUUCCCCGAGGCAGUGCAGCUCUAGGUUUUGCACAAUACGUACCCAAUGAGAAUCUACUAUAUACAAAAGAACAAUUAUUUGACAUGACAUGCAUGACCCUUGGAGGAAGAGCAGCUGAGCAAGUUCUGCUGGGAAAAAUAUCAACUGGAGCUCAAAAUGAUCUGGAGAAGGUAACCAAAAUGACCUAUGCUCAAGUUGCAGUGUAUGGAUUCAGUGACAAAGUUGGUCUCCUCUCUUUUCCUCCAAAAGAAGAUGGCUUUGAGGCCUCAAAACCAUAUGGUAAUCAUACUGCAGAACUUAUUGAUCGGGAAGUCCGGGAAUUGGUUGAAAAGGCUCACAAGCAUACAAUUGCAUUGGUUGAAAAACAUCGAGUAGGCGUUGAGCAGCUAGCCAAAGCACUUCUUGAGAGAGAAGUUUUGCAUCAGGAAGACCUGGUUCAGAUUCUAGGGGAACGCCCUUUUGUUCCUGUGGAGCGUACUAACUAUGAUAUUUUUAAGAAAGGUUUUGAGCUUGAAGAUAAAAUUGAAGAUACAGUGGGCCCAACAUCCCCAACAGUUCCAGAGGGUACACCUGCUCUUGCCUAGGAUGGAGGUGUUCUAAGAAUUGCUCGUCCACCUUAGAUGUAUUUAUUGUACCUCACACCUGUAAAGUUAUUUAUAAGGGAUUGUUUUGGGUUCCCAUUGCCAGGCCAUGUCUGGUAGCACUGAAAUCUUAAUCCUCAUGAAAAUAGCCUACUUUGUAAGCAUAGAAUAUGGGAGUUGAGACUGAAGGGCACACCAGAUAAAACCAAGAAGAUGCAUCUUGUAAAAGAAAAACAAUAAUUGAACCGGAAAAGAACAAAAAUAUCGUCUGGUAUUUUGGGUUUAUAUUAAUAUUUUAAAUGAUUUGAUUUUUUUAAGUCA